AUGUCCGCGAAGACUCGCGUCGACAACGUCCACGAACGCACUGAUUACCUCUUUAAGAUUAUCGCGGCGAUUACGUUCGCGAAGACGUUAAUGACUCCGUGCCACAAUACUACCCAGGUACUACACUAUAUAAUUCGCGACAAUUUGCCCGCGUGGAUUAUCAAGCCAAGUACCACGGCGGCUGCCGUGACUGUUGUGCGUGAUUUACUGCAACUACCGCAGUCGACGCGCUCCGUCCACUGA